GGAUCCUUUUCAUGACUUAUACACUGUCUUUCGCCCUCUCCUUUUAGUAAUAAAAAAAGAAAAGAAGAAGAAAAUGAUGAGUUUUUAACCGUAUGUGAUUGCGACUGAUUAUUUUCACCGAUGAUAAUUUACUUCGCUGAAUUGCUAUGGUGGACUGGUGGUGUUUGACAAAAUGCAAAGCUGCAAGAGCACUGUUGCUUGCGAAAACAUCCGAUCCUCAACGGUUUCGCGUUCUUUUUCUUCUCUUUAUUCUCAACGUUUAAAAAAACGCGCUAAGAAAGAGAAUAAAAUUGGCUGUGAUUGUCACUAUAGCCGGCUACUCUUCCUAUAUUUUUCUUUAUCUUCAUCUUCCUUCUUUUCCUUCAGUUCACCCACGCAAUCGCGCCACCGCUAGCUCCGUCGUCAGAAAACUAAUCUAUCCUCACCGACGACGACGACUCUAGAGGAGGAAAGCGAGGAUCGGAGGAGAAGAGGAGGUUUUCAUUGCUAGUGAGGCCAUGUAAGGUUUCCAAUGCUGCUAUAUACAAUAUGGCUUCUGUUCCUAUAUCAUGUUAUUAGAAAGUAGGAUAUCCUGACAACUACAAGAGUAUUUCAGAGGUGCAUCCACGCCUAGCCAUUGUGCAUUCUACCAGAACAGAAUUUCAGGGUACAAAUUAAGCAAUGAGAAGCAAAGAUCCAUUUUGGAAGUAUGUGGAAAUUGUGGAGAGUAAUCGAUCUCGCUGCAUGUUCUGUAAAGAGGAUUUUGCUCCUCGAAACAUUCAUAGGAUAAAGUUGCACUUAGCUGGAGUACGUGGUGGCAUUAAAAUAUGUACAAGAGUUCCUACUGAAGUACAAAAAGAAGCUCUUGAAGCAGUUGACGAAUGUAAGAGGAAAGCUAGAACUUCAAGUUACUCAAAGAAAAACAUUUUGCUUCCAUCCAACAUUGCGUCAACAGAUGUGGUUCAAAAUUCUUUGCAAAAGGAUGACAGUGUGAUGCUAUUAAGAAAUAGCGUGACCAAUCACAAUCUAGCCAAAUUUUUCCUUCUUAGCAACAUUGCAUUUGAUGAUGUUGAAGCACCUUAUUUUGUUGACUUUGUGAAGAGUGUGCCUGGUUAUGAUCAUAGUUAUGAGCUACCAAGUUCUCGCGAGCUCCAAAUGAAGUUUGUUCCUGAAAUUGAGAUGCAGGCCCAGAAAUAUGUGAAGGACGUGAAGAAAUCGUGGGAAAAAACUGGCUGCACCAUAAUGGUUGAAAAUGGGUGCAAUUUAAUCAAUAUCCUCAUAUAUUCUCCAGAAGGGGUUAUAUUUGAAACUUCAUAUGAAGUUUCAAGGUUGGAGGAGAUAGAUUUUGAUUUCACAGAGAUAGUUUCUUCCAUAAUUGAAAAAAUUGGGGUUGAUCAUGUUGUCCAAUUCAUCACCAACGAUGGUAAAAUUUCUAGUUCGGUUGGAGAAAUGCUUGAGACUAAGUACCCAACAAUUUACCAAAUUCGAUGUGCAGCUCAAGAGAUUCAUUCUUUUUUGAAGGUCAUAUUCGAUGAAAUUGCCUGGGUACGACAGAUAAUUGAUCAUGCAGAAUUGAUCUUCAGACAUAUGUACAGCAACGCUAUUGUUUUAUCAUUGAUGAAACAAUACACAAAGGGCAAGGAAUUGAAACAUCCUUGUAUGUCCAAGUUUGCCUCCAAGUAUCAAAUGCUUCAGUCCAUCUUUGAUAAUAAGAAUGAAUUGCAACAACUCAUUAUGUCUGACGAGUGGUACAUGCUGGAUUCUAACAAUAACGAGACAGCUCGGAAGGUUACUGAUAUUAUUCAAGGUGCAAACUUUUGGCAUCAAGGACAUGAUGUACUAGAUGUUCUGGAGCCAAUAGUUCAAGUCCUCCGAUUAGUAGAAAAUGAUGGACCAAAUUCAGGCUACUUGUAUGGAGCAUUGAAAAGGGCAAGAGAAGCAAUUGAGGGGUACCGUGACCGCAAUGCAACGAAGUAUCAAAGGAUAUUGGAGUUAUUAACGGAGAGGCAAGGCAACAUUAUCCACCCGAUGCAUGCUGCUGCAGCUUUUCUGAAUCCUACUUACAUGUUUCUGGAGGAUUCUGAAUGUUGGGGCAUUGAUACGUACAAUGGCAUGAACUUUGUGUCGGAGAACUUGGUAGCAAGUGGAGAAGAAAAGGCAAAAUUUAUAGAGGAGUUGCAGCUUUAUCGUAAGCGAUCAUUGAAGGAGUUCACUAGUGAAAUGUCACGGGCAAUCAUGACAUCAUCUCAUCCUCGUGAAUGGUGGGAUUAUAAUCGUCCGCUCCUUCCAGUAUUGAGCAAGUAUGCAAUACGAAUUCUGAGCCAACCUUGUAAAUGUUCAUAUAACAUAAAACCUAGUGUAUCCGAAGUUGCACAAAGGAAGAAGAUGGAUAGCACAACAUCUAAAUCAUGGGAUAAUCAUCUAUUUGUGAUCAUCAAUACAAUUAUCAUGGAAAAAUUUAGGACUAUGGAGAAAUCACUGACUAAUUUUCAAAAUUGUACUGAAUUGCCUGACUAUGAACAAGACUGGGAGGAUGAUCAAAUGGAGUUGCUCAUUAAUGGAAAUUCUAAUGAUGACGCAAGGAAUGAAACAGACCUUUUGUGUUUUAAGGACAAGGUUAGUUCACUUCUGAGACCUAGUUGCAGUAAGACGUUAUUGCAGCAUCUUGAAGCGAGUAAUUAGGAGAUGAACACCACGGAAACGUUUUCUCUAAUGAUUUAAUGAAGCACAGCAGAUGUCGACCCUUGAAAACAGGCAUCAAGAUCCAAUCAAUUGAAAGCAAAGUUGCAGACCCUUGUAUGGUUGGACCCACCAGAAAUGACCAGUGCAUUUUUCAUUUAAUUAUUGGAACAGAGUCAUUCUCAUCCUUCAUAGAAGAUUUACCUCCUGGUCCUGAAGAUUUAGCAACUAACACCAAAGGGGAGGAAUAUGGCGAUGAGGCCAAGGGUACUAUAGGCGAAAAUCACCAUGGAGAGUCUCAUGUUCCAUGUACAACAGAAGAACUUGAUGAUUUUGCCCAAUCAUUGUUUGGGAAAUAAGGUAACUUAUUUAGUGCCUCCUGCGCACUUUCUUAUUUUAGUACUCUGUUGUAUGUAAUACUUAAUUACUUAAAAUUCUGGUAUUUAAGACCUUUAUUAUUAGUGGUUGUGUUACACCAUAAAUAAUCUUUCAAUGUUCUAUAAUUAAGAUAUAGAGAGUUUAAUUUUA